AUGGUCUUUCUCACUGAAACUUUUCUUUAUGAUUCUAUCUCUAAUUCAUUACUCAAUCUACCUGGUUACGCACUUUAUCGUCAAGACCGCCUUGAAACGCAUCCAAAGAAAAGAGGAGGAGGAGUUAUGGCCCUAAUCAAAAAUUCAAUCGUAUCAUCAGAAACUUCAUUCGAAUUCUCCACAGCAUACACGUCCCAUUUUUCUGAAUUUCUCAUCAUCGAUUGCCCAAAAAUGCUCACCCGCAUUUUCUUGGUCUACAGACCUCCUCAAUCGCUCCAUCACUGUACCAACAACCUAUUCUCCUUAUUGAGUUCGAACAUGCACCAGAAAUGGCACAAUAUAAUUGUUGGGGACCUCAAUCUUCCAAAUGUCGAUUGGUCAACUUUGAUGUCAAAAAGUCCUUACAUCGAGCUUCAGGCAUUUUAUGUUGAUCAUGGUCUAUGUCAAUUGAUCAAUUUUCCUACUAGAAUUUCUUCCUCGGGCACUUCAAACAUCCUGGACAUAAUUCUCUCAAGCUCUCCGGAGAAGCUCAUCAAUAUCAAGCCGAGUCAAGACUUCGUACAAUCCGAUCACAUAUCCAUAAGCUUUGAAGUAGCGGCUAAUGUUCGUCCCUUGGAUUGCGCCUCUUCCAACAAGCUCGACUUCAGAAAGUGCGAUUUCGUAAAACUAAAUGAUUAUAUCGCUUCAACCAAUUGGGAAGAUCAAUUUUCCUACCUAUCCAAUAUCCAAGAAAAAUACGAUCACUUCAUCAGAACUAUCAACGAAUAUAUUCAAGACUGUUGUCCAAUUGGCAAAAAAUUCAGAACGCGAAAUAUAUCGAGAAGGUUGAAGAGAAUAAGAAGUAGAAUUAGAUUCAUCUCAAACAGGAAUGAUAAUUCCCAAAAUCUGCCCAGAAUCUUCAAACUUCAGAAGAAAUUAUUAGCGAUGGCUCGGAGAAAAAAUCGCAGAUAUGACAAUGAAGUUGCUCGUUGCGGCAACAACAAACGUAUUCAAAGAGUUAUCUCUCAAAGACUAAAAUAUCGUCCCAAUCUUCAGUCGAUACUUUUGGAUGGUAGAUUACUGACUUCUGAUGAUGAUAUGGCAAAUACCUUUGUUAGUGUUUUCGAGAAAUAUAUGAAAAGAACUGGAGAAAUCUCAGGACCUUGCCAAAACAACCGGUUCAAGUCCAAAUCAGUGGAGUUUCCUCCUUUUGUCAUCUGCUCAAUACUGGAUAAAUUACCUCCUAAAGUUGGCUUCUCGAAGGACUUCAUCAAUUUCUUUGUGCUCAAAAAAAUAUCUGUAUCAAUAGCUCUCCCACUCUCAAUCAUCUUCACAGAAAUUUAUAAUGAAUGCACUUUUCCCGAAGACUGGAAAACCUCAGUAGUUAUCCCAAUUCACAAAAGAGGAAGAACUAACGACCCUGAGAACUAUCGACCGGUUGCAUUGACCUCACCAAUAUCUAGGGUACUGGAGAAAGUCAUUGCCAAUUACAUUCGGAAUACCUUCCACAACAGUUUUGAUGUUAAUCAGCAUGGCUUUAUUUCCAAACGAUCUUGCAUAACCGCUCUUCUGAGCACCAUUACCAAAUGGAAGUUUAUAUUAGAUAGAGGUAAGAGCGUCGAUGUCAUCUACAUCGAUUUUAAAAGAGCAUUUGAUAAUGUUCCCCACACACACUUACUUCACAAAUUGAGGAAUUUCGGGUUUCCGGAAGAUCUUAUCAACUUUUUCACUUCGUUUCUGUUCAACCGCACCUCACAAGUCAAAGUAAACAAUCACAUCUCCUCCAAUCAAUUUCAGGUUACUUCAGGUGUUCUUCAAGGAACUGUAACAGGUCCCCUGUUAUUUCUUAUUUACAUCAAUGAUGUUCUACUAGAGGUUGAUGAUGAGGUUGAGGCAACAAUUUUUGCGGAUGAUAUCAAGAUAUCAAGCAGUAACCCCGAGAAACUUCAAUCUACAUUGGACAAAAUUGUAGCCUGGUCCAAGAAGUGGGAUAUGCCUAUGGCCCCCUCAAAAACUUCUGUCUUACACCUUGGUAAAAACAACAAGAAGAAUCCAUACUUUAUUAAUGGCAUCCAAAUUCCAUCCGUAUCAGUGGUCCGAGAUUUGGGCAUUUAUAUUGACGAAAAGCUGAAUUUUGAAUAUCAUUGCAAUGAAACGGUUCGAAAAACAUUGACCAAAUGUCGGGAAAUUCAGAGAAGUUUCAGUUUUAAAGAUAUCAGACCAUACAUACUCAUAUUUAAAACCUACGUUGCUCCAAUCAUUGACUAUGGCUGCUGUGUAUAUAGGCCGUUUAUAUCCAAGAAAUUGGAAGUAUUAUUAGAACGGCCUCUUCGCAGAUUUACUAUGAACAUCUUCAGAAGAUGUAACUUUCAAUACUCUUCCUAUGACAAUCGUCUCGAACAGGCUGAUUAUACUACAUCAGCCAGACGUAGUUUAGAACAUUCUUUAUCAAUCAUGUUUUCCAUAAGCAAAAACCUAAUCCACUUCCCCGACAAAAUAAGAUAUUUUUCCAGUUCAUCUUCGCCUCGCACACCUCUGGCAAUAAAACUUAAUGAUAAGAGAUUCUGCAAAACCUUCUUCAGUUAUAUCUUCAAACAUUGGAACUCGUUGGCCACCUUACUUACAAACGACACCAGCUUAACAAUGCUCAAAUCAACCAUCCGCGCAUUACCAAACAGUUUUUUUGUUUCGCCUCGCCCCUAA